GCCGGACCCCUGCGCGCACCGCCCUCCGCCCCUGGCCUCCGUGCGCCUCCGCGGACACGCACUUCCUGCGAGGCCUCAGUGCGCACCUUAGCCGAACCGAGCCGAGCUCAACCUUGCACUUCCAAGUCGUUCGCCAUGGUGGACGAGCUGGUGCUACUGCUGCACGCGCUCCUGAUGCGGCACCGCGCGCUGAGCAUCGAGAACAGCCAGCUCAUGGAACAGCUACGGCUGCUGGUGUGCGAGAGGGCCACCCUGCUGCGCCAGGUACGUCCGCCGAGCUGCCCGGUGCCCUUCCCCGAAACGUUUAGCGGCGAGAGCUCACGGCUCCCCGAGUUUAUCGUGCAGACGGCGUCUUACAUGCUCGUCAACGAGAACCGAUUCUGCAACGACGCCAUGAAGGUGGCAUUCCUAAUCAGCCUGCUCACCGGGGAAGCCGAGGAGUGGGUGGUGCCCUACAUUGAGAUGGAUAGCCCCAUCCUAGGUGAUUACCGGGCCUUCCUCGAUGAGAUGAAACAGUGUUUUGGCUGGGAUGACGACGAAGAAGACGACGACGACGACGAAGAAGAUGAUUACUAGGCCGGGAGACCCUCGGGCCCAGGGGGGAGGGCCCUGCACGCCGCCAUCCUCUCCCCCCCCUCCCCCGCCCGGCCCGGAGCCGCCGAGCUCCGUUUCGCCCUCCGAUCCCCUUCCCUACCCCUGCCCUCCGAUUCUCCUCCUCACCGCCCCCCGUAGUGCUUGCCUUUGUUCCAGGAAUUGUACCCCAGUUAACCUGCCGCUGGGGCCUCGUUCUGAAGCCUGCCGCCACCCUCUCUGGCCAGCCCUAGGACCCUGCCCUGCUAAUUUGGACUGUGUCCUGAGCCCCGGCUAUAGGGCAGGCCCCUGUUACAAACUGGUGAGACUACGCACAGCCCUGCCGACUGCAAGGCCUCCAUCUGCCCAGAGACCUACGCUGCCACUUCACCACCAUCCACCACAUUCCAGCGACAGACCACAGCCUUGAAAACAAGGACCGACCUAGAAGAUGCCUGAGUUGGUCCUCGGACAUUGAUUCGGACAACUCACCAACCCCUGAAGGGGCCAGUCUUUGAACCUGGUUAGUUCCCUACCUACUCUCAAAGUCCCCCCCCCCCCCCAUGCCCCACCAGAUUGCUGCAGGAGCCUAACGUGCCUGGCAGCCAAAUUGUUGACAUUUCUUUUCUCCUAUGCACCAGUUUUGCACAGCUGUCCUUUUUCUUUCAAAACUGCAGCAGUCCCACAGAUGUGUGCAUUUGGACAAAAAUGCCAAAAACAAAACAAACAAACAAAAACAGGCACUCAGCCCAGCUCCUCGAUACCACCUGGAAAAAGCGUUUACGUUCUUUUCAAUAAAUAUCAAGCACUACGAAAAAAGAAAGGAGUGUCUUUUAAUGGUUAAGUGCUAUCAUUGGCCUCUCCCAGUCUCACUCUGACUCCCAUUACUACCACCGAGAUCAGGAAACCUAGUUCAAUCCCAGUAUUCACCACUGUCAUCUCCAGGCUACAGAGGACAGUGCCCACAGGGUUUUAUAUAGGGAUUCUGGUACUCUCCUCGCCAAGGCAUUUCUUAAAGCCCUGGCAAAGGGAGUGAGUGUCCUCUGGGGCCUCCAGGGUGGCAUGGGUAAGGGGUGGUUUGGCAGGUGGCACACUGUCCCAAACUGGAACACGUUUGAGAGUGAAAGGGGGCACUAUUAAUAAUUAGAAUGGGACAAUAGGCAUAAAUCCAGACAUACAAUGUUACUAUCUUCCAGAGCCUUUACCUUCUCUCAACACCACCAGGGAAAUUCUGCCCCUUAAUCCUUAUUGCCUGUGGGGUGUUAUUGAGUUCAGACUAUGAUUAACAAGGUAGCACAUUGUUCUAAAGCCCCCUUUCAAGUGCUUGAGCUAACAUUAAAUCCUAAAUCCUAGGUGAGGGUACGCAUAGUAAAUAGAGCAUGAUCGGAACAUUUCAUCACCCCAGGUGAACCCUCUUAGAAUCCCCACCCAUACAUGUGUCCCAGAUUCCUACCUAUAGAAACUGGCAAGAUGCCUGGCUGUCUCCUGAACGAGACCUCGUACUGCUCUCUGGGCUAUGCUGGGACCUCUUUGUGGACCUGGAGGGCUCAGGGGCAUUGAGGGAGUGGGGCGGGUGCUCAUUAAACUCAUUGAAAUGUUAGAGAGGUUUGGUUGUGCGGUUUUUGGGGGUUACCUCUGCCAACCAGGAACAUUGAAGAGGAUGUGAGGCUUCAGAAUCCUCUGUAUCUGCCCAAAUGUACUCAUUGUACCAUGGCUGGAGCCAGCCCUACCUUAAGAUCUCUAAUUUACAUAAUAAACUUCCCUAUUGCGUAAGA